ACGUGUAAAUUAUCAUUUGGACAUAAACAUGACGAAAUGAGGAAUAACAUUAUAUUUUAUCGCUAAAUCGGGACGAUUUCCACUAUAAUUUGAAGCAUUUUCACGUACUAUUAACAGCAAUAUGGAAAACGACGUCCUAACAACGCUUAAAAUUCUUAUUGUCGGUGAAAGUGGGGUUGGAAAAUCGAGUCUUUUACUGCGAUUUACAGACGAUACCUUUGAUCCUGACAUUGGAGCUACAAUAGGUGUUGAUUUUAAAGUCAAAACAAUUAGUGUUGAAGGCAAUAAAGCAAAAUUAGCUAUAUGGGAUACUGCUGGACAAGAAAGGUUCAGGACUCUUACACCAAGUUAUUACAGGGGUGCACAAGGAGUCAUUUUAGUUUACGAUACCUGUAACAUAGAUACUUUUGACAAACUUGAAGAAUGGCUGAAUGAAGUAGAGAUGUACUCAACAAAAAAAGAUAUUGUCAAAAUGCUUGUUGGCAAUAAAAUWGACAAGAAUAAUCGGGAGGUUGAUAGAAAACAAGGCCUUCAGUUUGCAAGAAGACACUCCAUGCUGUUCAUUGAAGCAAGUGCAAGAACGAAAGAAGGUGUUCAACUUGCUUUUGAAGAACUUGUUGAAAAGAUAAUUCAAACUCCGGGAUUGUGGCAGACAGACAGCAAAGGAAGUGGCCUUAGUUUGUCAUCAGAUGCAGCACAAGCCGCUGGCUGUGCUGGUUACUGUAACUUAACCUAACAAUACUGAAWACAUAUUAURGUAAAAACAAUUUGACCAUUCAGGCUCGUGGAUUACCAAGCAAUAGCCCAUGAGCUGAAUUAUCUUAUCCGUCCAAUCUAGCAUUCGUUUUCUUCAUUUUCUUACUACAAUAGUUUGUUUUUAAUGAAAUUCUGUAAAUUGAAGUCCACAAAAACACAACUGCAUUCGMUAUCAGGUAUUACAAAACUUGUCAACUAAUUGCCAUUGCUUCACUUUAUUCGAUUUGUAAACAGAUAAAAAAACGCAAUAACUCAAUAGAUUGCAAAAACCAUAUUCAAUUUUAUUAUUACUUAGUAUUGCUCAUGUAUUUCAUUGUAUAAAGUAGAAAUAUAACAAGCUAAUUCUUACAAACUACUUGAGGGUAUUCUAACGCACUAGUUAAAUUUGAUACAAAAGUUUUCCCCUCCGGUUUUUAAACAUCUGUAAGUGCCAGUACUCAAUAGAGGAGGCACAGUGAKAACAAUAAUAUUUAUUCCAAUAAAACAUGUUUCUAUAUA